GACUAUACAUGAAGUGUGGCGAGUUUUUGUUCAAUUUGUUUUGUUUUUAUUUUUGAGACUAACAGUAAAUUAAGUAUACGUAUACAGGUGCAAGCAAGUAACCCAUCAUCAUCAUACCGCUCGUAACACUUCCCCCUCGAAACCGCCACACACGCACACUCACACAAACACACACACACUCAAGCACAACAGAGAGACGGAAAAAAAGAAGAAGCGAAAAAAAGCAUAAUAAAUAAAUUUUGUUUUAAACGCACACUAAAAGGGACCCCAAUUUGGCAGCUGCAAAAACGGGAAGGAAAAACCUUAAAGGGUGACAGUGAGUGUGACAGAGAGAGAGAGAGGGAGUGUGAGUGAGUGGAGGAGCAGCAACAGCAGCAGCAGGAACUCCACAUCAAUAUGGCCAAGACAGGCAACUUUUCCUGGCUGCUAAUCGUUCUUGUCAGCGCGAACUGCUACGUGUCCAGCAGAGCAGAUGAACACACACACAAGUACAAUGACCAAGAGGAAGUGGUCCUUUGGAUGAAUACAGUGGGUCCAUAUCAUAAUCGCCAAGAGACAUAUGCCUAUUUCUCAUUACCAUUCUGCCGCGGCACAAAAGAUACAAUUUCCCAUUACCAUGAGACGCUAAGCGAGGCUCUGCAAGGUGUCGAACUUGAAUUGAGUGGCUAUCAAAUGGCCUUCGCCCAGAAUAAGAAACGCAAUGUCAUCUGCGGCGUUGAAUUGACGGAGGAGAAGACCAAAGCCUUUACCUAUGCCGUUAUGAAUGAAUAUUGGUAUCAAAUGUAUAUCGAUGGCCUGCCCAUUUGGGGUAAAGUCGGUGAACGUGAUGAGCGCGAUGGCAAAUAUUAUAUAUUCACGCAUAAGAAAUUCGAUAUCGGCUAUAAUGGUCAGCAAAUCGUUGAUAUCACUUUGACAACGGAUGCACGACAAGAGCUAAAAGCUGGAGCCAAAAUUGAAUUCUCCUAUGAAGUCAACUGGAAGACAAGCAAAGUGGAAUUCAAGAAUCGUUUUGAUAAAUAUUUGGAUCCAAAUUUCUUUCAGCACAGGAUUCAUUGGUUCAGCAUUUUCAAUAGCUUCAUGAUGGUUAUAUUCCUUGUUGGUCUCGUUUCAAUGAUAUUGAUGCGUACAUUGCGCAAGGAUUAUGCACGCUAUAGCAAGGAUGAGGAGGUCGAUGAUAUGGAACGUGAUUUGGGCGAUGAAUAUGGCUGGAAGCAGGUCCAUGGCGAUGUCUUUCGUUCGCCACCGAAUGCUCUACUCUUCUCGGCCCUGGUUGGUGCUGGCUAUCAAUUGAUAUCGGUUGUUUUCUGUGUCAUCAUGUUUGCCAUUGUGGGUGAAUUGUAUACGGAACGUGGCUCAAUGCUAUCGACAGCGAUCUUUGUAUAUGCAGCAACAUCACCGAUUAAUGGCUAUUUCGGUGGCUCACUCUAUGCCCGUUUGGGUGGACGUUUGUGGAUACGUCAGAUGUUGGUAUCGGCAUUCACUGUACCGGUCGCUGUAUGUGGCACAGCAUUUAUGAUCAAUUUCAUAGCCAUCGGCUAUCAUGCAUCGAGAGCCAUUCCAUUUGGCACAAUGGUCGCUGUCACUUGUAUAUGUCUAUUUGUUAUAUUACCAUUGACAUUGGUUGGCACCGUUGUGGGACGGAAUUUGGAUGGCCAACCGGAUUUCCCAUGCCGUGUGAAUGCUGUACCACGACCCAUACCCGAAAAGAAAUGGUAUAUGGAGCCAUUGAUUAUAGUGCUGCUGGGUGGCGUUUUACCCUUUGGUUCCAUUUUCAUUGAAAUGUACUUUAUAUUCACAUCAUUUUGGGCAUAUAAAAUCUAUUAUGUUUAUGGAUUUAUGCUACUGGUAUUCACCAUACUCACUGUGGUCACUGUCUGUGUGACAAUUGUUUGCACAUAUUUCUUGCUUAAUGCCGAGGAUUAUAGAUGGCAAUGGACGAGCUUUAUGGCCGCUGGCUCCACAUCGAUCUAUGUGUAUGCCUAUUCAUUUUACUACUUUUUCUUUAAGACCAAAAUGUUUGGCCUAUUUCAAACGGCCUUCUAUUUUGGUUAUAUGGCCUUAUUUAGCGGCGCCUUGGGUAUCAUUUGCGGCACUGUUGGCUAUGUGGGCACAAAUCUAUUUGUUCGCAAAAUCUAUUCCAAUGUGAAAAUAGACUAAUUUACCCCAACCUAACUAUAUAUAUAUAUAUAUAUAUAUAUAUAUAAAGAAAGAACCUUUAACCCUCUCCUCCCACACUUCUCUAACUCUGUUUAACACAAACAUCCAAAAACAACCAAGCAUUAUCAAUCGAAAAAUUUAUAUUUAUUUAUGUAGAAUUUUAGAUUAACUACCAUAAAAAAAAACCUUUUUUUUCUUUUUGUUUUCUUCUCUCUUUAUUCUCCUUGCGUUUUUGCUCAAAAAUCUCAUUUACCAAAGUUGCAAUAUCCCAAAUAUAUAUAAUUUGUUUCCUUGAUGAUGAUCUAUAUAUAUAUAUAUAUGCAUAAUUCGUAUAUAUAUAUGUAUAGCAUGUGUCUGUGUUUUAUAUGAAAAAAAAGAAACUUAUCAAACUUAUCAAAAAAUAAUGAAAAAACAAAAACAACGGGCAAGAUGAAUAACGAAAAAUGUGACUUCAACUUAUUUUUUGCGCCAAUUAAGUUUAUGUACGUGAGAGAUGCUGAUGAUUUAGCCAUAGUCGAUAAAUAUAAUUAUUAAUAUUAAUAAUAAUAUAAUAAAAUGAAAACAAAUUCAAAUAUGUAAAACCAAA